AUGUCAGAUAUUUCAAGGUUCACAGGCAAAUUUCGAGCGCGUAAAGAUCCUAACCCUUCCCAUAAGGCCUCAACUGCUAAAGUAACAAAGUCGCAGAGAGCAUCGCUGGUUUGCGAGCAGUGCAGGAAGUCUAAACUUCGAUGUGAUCGAGGACAGCCCUGCAAUAGCUGCAUUCGGAGACAUGAAUCAGAUGCAUGUUCUUAUCGGCAGAGGGCGGUGCCAACGGUUAACACAGGCGAACAUAACACCGUUGAGAGUAGGCUGACACACCUGGAGUCUUUGCUCAAGACAUUGAUGCGUAAUAAGGAAGUCCCAUCAGAACACGAUGUGGUGUUCCCGGACAUGUCCCGCUGCUCAAUAGAUGCUGUUACUAUUCAGUCUCCAUAUGUCGGUUCCACACAUUGGUCAGCUAUUUUGGACGACAUUCACGAGCUGAAGGUGGCCCUGAGUGGAUCUAUCAAUAACCAGGGAGUUAAUACACUUGCCCCGGAUGGCCCUUCUUUGGGUACCGAACUGAUUUUUGGUUUGCCACAUCUUUACUCUUUGCAACAAGUCAUGUCUCGAUAUCUUCCCUCGAAAGUGGAUGUCGAUCGAUAUCUCUCAUUAUACUUCCAGGGUGAGACUUUCGUGAUCCCGUUCAUCCACACCUAUCAUUUCCAGCGCCAGUAUACAGAAUUUUGGGAUGAUCCAAACAAUGUUAACCCUCUUUGGCUUUCCAUUUUAUUUUCCAUAUGCUGUUUGUCAUCCCUUACAAGGGAAACAGCUGGCCCGGGUCGUCCGCUACAAAGGGACGCAGUCGCCGAAAGUCCUAAGUUUCACGCGGCUGCUGGACAAUGUCUUGUCAUAGGGGAGUAUCAUCGGCCACAAAAACUAGCACUUGAGGCACUCGCUGCCUAUGCCCAGUGCAAGAACCUUAAGAGCUUGGACCCAUCUCGGGAAGCUGGGAUGAUUCUGGGAAUGGUUGUCCGUAUGGCGUACGAAUUGGGCUACCACCGGGAUCCAGACUCCUUCGGAUCUCUGAGCAUUUUUGAAGGCGAAAUGCGCAGGCGAUUCUGGGCUGCGUGUAAGCAUAUGGAUAUCAUGAUCAGUUUUCAGCUGGGCCUACCGAGCAACAUUUGUCUCGAGAGUUGUGACACGAAGUCCCCAAGAAACCUCCUAGACUCAGACUUUGAUGUGGACACGCAGGUCUUACCUGAGUCUCGACCCGAGACUGAUCCCACAAAGUUGCUGUGGUUCAUCGUUAAGGACAGACAAAUAACUAGCUUCAGCAAAGUUUGUAAAUUUAUGCUCUCAUUUAAAGAGCAGUCUGAAGCUGAUCUACAUCGGCUGGAUGAAGAAAUCCGACAAAUCUACGCAACGAUUCCCGACAUCUUGCGAACUCAUCCUCUCUCAGAAUCUAUAGCAGAUCCUCCUUUUCUCAUAAUUACCAGGCUAUAUAUUGAGUUUAUUUGUUUGAAGAAUCUCUGUGUGCUGCAUCGCGGAUACAUGGUCCAGGGCAAUGUCGACAGCACUAAGGCUUGUGUUGAAGCCGCAAAGCGCCUUGUCAGUCAGUUUAUCGAUAUGUACAAGGAAUUUUCACCUGGCGGUCAACUGCACGCGGAGAAAUGGAUGAUGACUAAUUUCACGAUGAACGACUUUCUGUUGGGCGUCAUGGUUCUCUGCCUGGUGAUACAUAUCCAUCGCAAGCAAGCCUCCUGGACCAGAACUAUCGAUUCUGCCAUACGGAAAGAAGUGCUUUCUCUCCUUGAACAGUCGUAUGAGAUCUGUGUAGAAAACUCUCAGGCCAGCAGAGAUGCACGACGGGUAUCUCAUGCUUUGCAUCUCGUUCUGAAUAGCGCUAAGAUGUCCAGUGUGCCCGAAUCACAACUUGCAAACGGCACCAUAUCGAGUAUAGACUCAGCAUUACUGGUUGCGCAUUCUGAGAAUACCGUUGGUCAGACAAAUAUAGCUCCUUUUGAUGUGUUUGAUCCGUUUAAUAGCAUGGGCAUGGACUUCGAAAGCAUCGACUGGGAUGCUUUUGACUCGCACUUGGACGUCUAA